UUGGCGUUGUGAACGACAAGGAGAAAAAAACGCCUUCCAUUUAAGAACGCGUUCUCUUCCUCCGUCAAACACUCAAAAUAUAAGCGAGAGAAGAUUCCUUCCUUUUCGCAUUGCCACUUGGUCCUUCGACGCCUUCGUCCUUCCACCACCUUCCAAUCGAAACGCCAAGAAAGAAAGAACGAACGAGCGAGCGAAACCCUAGCUUUCUCCUCCUCGAUUUCCUUUCUUUCCCUUUUCUCCUCCCAAUUCUCUACUCGAUCAAUUCCGUUGGGUUCAGCUGCUGUUGAUGCCCGGAGCUUCUUGAUCUCGCCAUGCGGUGUUAGCAUCCCGUUCCUCCAUCUCCAGGAAUACUUUAGGCUUCUUCUGAGCAGAGGGUUUCUGUUCAUUGUGCUCCUUAGCACCAUAUUUUAGCAUGAAGAAUAGUUGGUUGUUUUUUACAAAUCUGGAUAUUGAUGGUGAACGCCCAUACAUCUUUCCGACAGAGUUCCAAUUAUCUCAAGGCUUUGGGCUACAUAUAUUGUCACAGUUUGGUUCAUUAGUGGACAGUUCUUUUCAUCGUUCCAACCAAAUUUAUGUUUCUGGAAGUUUAGCCCUUCAAGAAGCAUUUAGUUGCAUGUCUAAGUUUGCUGGAGCGUUAUUUGUCUGGAUUUCUACUGGGUCAAAUUCCAAUUUACUUCGUAAACUUUCAGGCAAUGCAUAUGGCUCAAGUUCUAUAUUUAACCAGUCUUGCACACAAAUUAAACAUUUUACUUGUUCUAGUCGGAACCUUGCCGGGUUGCAUUCUGGUUCUGGAUCAAAUAACGAACUUGUUAUACCAGUGCUCCUUGCAAAGUUUGUGAAUUCCACCAUAGGACGCAUGUGGAAGGAAGUUGAACAAUGUCGUGCUUUCUCUGUUUUAUCAUUAGCUGCAGCUCUUAUACCACCAUUUGACCAUAUAAGAUCCUCAAAGGUACUAGCUGAGUCCAUUCCGCUGGAAAGCACUGAUGAACGGAUCAGUGGACUUAUGGAUCGAUCAUGCAGUGAGGAUGACUAUCGAGGCUGCUCUAGUCUUUCUAUGUCAAACAUAACCUGGAAAAGAGGUGCAGUUGAACCAAAAACUGGCAUCAAGUUCCCCACAUUUUUGGAAGAUAAUUCCAGUCCGACUGCUGAGGUGCUUGUAGGGACUGGCUCCAGAAGUAUGAGAAUAAUAAGGCUAAAGUCUAUGAAUAUCUAUGCAUUUGGUUUAUAUGUCCAACCUGAUUCUGUUUGUGAGAAACUGGGUCCCAAGUAUUCUUCUGUGCCUGUCGGCGAACUGCAGAAUUGCACAGAUUUUUUUGAAGAUCUUCUCAGGGAGGAUAUCCAUAUGACUGUUAGGCUGGUUGUUAAUUGCAACGGACUUAAAAUUAAUACUGUGCGAGAUGCAUUUGAGAAAUCCCUUCGCACACGUUUGCUAAAGAUGAAUCCUGAUACAGAUUAUCAUUGCCUGAGAGCAUUUGGUUCUUAUUUCACGCAAGAUAUUCCACUACCUAUGGGUACUACAAUUAACUUUAGACAAACAACAGAUGGUCGACUGAUAACAGAAAUUGGUGAUAAACAUAUUGGUGCUGUCCACAGCAAAGAUCUGUGCAGGGCCUUCUUCGAUAUGUACAUUGGUGACGUGCCUGUAUCCGUGCAGGCCAAACAGGAGAUUGCUCAAAAUGUUGCAGACCUUAUAAGAAGAUGUUAAGGCAAGAAAUUGGAUUUGGAGAAGAAAAUUUGGCUAAGGAGAUCAUUUGAUUCUGUUGUACUAAUAUUGAUUGGCUAGAAUAGAGCAGCCAGAUAAAAGAGAUGAAAAUCAAGUGGAGAGAUUAGGUGCUUGCAAAAACAAAGCAGCAAUGUAUUAGAGGGAAAAAGGGAGAGAGUUUAUGUGAAUUUUUUUUUUUUGUCUUCAUAGUUUUGAUUUGAUAGUCUUCGCUUAAUGUUGCUGCAUUUGAAGUAAGAUUUUGAUACAAUGAGAGAUUAACAAUGAAAUUGAGGGGAGGGUAAUUUUACCUUAUUGGGUUAUUUUCUGUAUUUUUUCUUUUCCAGUUGCGAUCAUGUAGAAUGGAAUCAGAAUAUGUUGUUGGAUGCAAA